GCUGCCAGCAAGGCAGAGAGCCUUCUGAGAUCAGGUCAAAGCAGAGGAGCUGCGAUCUGCAGGGCAGAUCCCCUGGGGCUGGGGGACAGCCAGGGACCCUCCUGAGCGCGAAGGCAGCAGGGGCACAGACUCACUGGAGGGCAAGAUGUACAAGCUCUAACUGCAACUAUGAAGUCUGAAAAACAGCCCGAAGGCAAGGGGAUGGAGCAGUCCAAGCAGGAGACAAAGGAGCCAAAAGUAUCAGAGGAAGCAGAGAUGGAAGAAGAGGGAGUGGAUCACAGUGAAGGUCUCGUUGAAUUCUUUCAUUCCUACCAGGAGCUCUUCCAGUUCUUCUGCAACAACACAACCAUCCAUGGGGCCAUCCGGCUGGUUUGCUCUAAGAGGAACAAGAUGAAGACUGCCUUCUGGUCAGUCCUCUUCUUCCUCACCUUCGGCCUCAUGUACUGGCAGUUUGGAAUUAUCUAUGGCGAUUACUUCAGCUUUCCAGUUAACCUGAAUUUGAACCUCAACUCUGAUAGACUUACCUUUCCAGCUGUCACACUGUGUACCCUCAACCCCUACCGGUACAGCGCUCUUCAGAAUGAUCUGGAAGACCUGGAUCGCAUCACGCACCGAACACUGAUGGAUAUGUACAAAUACAACAUGCCUCUGGGGCAAAAAAAACGGAUGGGCAAGACUAGUCGGAAACGCAGAUCUAGAAGCCUAUACAACCAUGUCCAGCGUCACCCGUUGUGGAGGCAGAAGAGGGACAGUCAAGGCAGCAUGGAGGAUAACAAUCCUGAAGUGGGCAUGAACGACUGGAGGAUUGGCUUCAUCCUGUGGAAUGAAAACAAGACUGACUGUUUCCAUCAAAUGUACUCGUCCGGUGUGGAUGCUGUGCGAGAGUGGUACAGCUUCCAUUACAUCAACAUCCUGGCCCGAAUCCCUGCCACCAAAGAUCUGGAUGAGUCCAACUUUGAGAGCUUCAUCUACGCCUGCCGUUUCAACGAGGCAUCAUGCGACAAAGCGAACUACACACAUUUUCACCACCCCAUUUAUGGGAACUGCUACACCUUCAACGACAACGACAGCUCCCUCUGGAUGUCUUCCCUGCCCGGCAUCAAUAACGGCCUCUCCCUCGUCGUCCGCACAGAGCAAAAUGACUUUAUCCCUCUACUCUCCACGGUUACGGGAGCCCGAGUGAUGGUACACGGGCAAAAUGAGCCGGCGUUCAUGGACGAGGGGGGUUUCAAUGUGCGUCCCGGUGUGGAGACCUCUAUCAGUAUGAGAAAGGAAACAACAAACCGCCUUGGAGGCAGCUACAGCGACUGCACAGAAAACGGGAGUGACGUGCCAGUGAAGAACCUCUACCCAUCCCGUUAUACUGAGCAGGUCUGCAUCCGUUCCUGUUUUCAGAAAAUUAUGGUAGAACGUUGCGGCUGUGGCCAUUACUUCUACCCAUUGCCCCCUGGAGCAGUUUAUUGCGACUACACUAAACACUCAGGCUGGGGUUAUUGUUAUUACAAGCUCCAGGCUGAAUUCAAGGCAGGCUUUCUGGACUGUUUCAGCAAAUGUCGGAAACCAUGCAAGGUGACCGAGUACCAGCUUUCGGCUGGAUAUUCACACUGGCCUUCCGCCGCCUCUGAGGCCUGGGUGUUUCACAUGCUGUCUCGGCAGAAUAAGUACAACAUCACGUCCAAGAGGAAUGGAAUUGCCAAAGUGAAUAUAUUCUUUCAGGAGUGGAAUUAUAAAAGCAACGGAGAGUCUCCUGCUUUCACAGUGGUGACGUUGCUGUCCCAGCUGGGCAACCAGUGGAGUCUCUGGUUCGGCUCCUCUGUCCUCUCUGUUGUCGAGCUGGCUGAACUGAUUCUGGACUUCCUCGCUGUCACUUGCAUACUGGCCUUCCAGUGGGCCUAUCUGCAUCGAUCCUCUGACCUUCCCGCCCCCCCCAGUGGCCAUGACAACACCGUUUGUGGUGCACCUUCUCUGCCUGGCGCCCCACAGCAUCUGCCUGUUGCAUCUAUGCUGCCUUCUUACAACAGCUUGGAAGCACUAGCUGUGCACAGCUUUCCCUGCAGAGGAACAGAGUGAAGCCUAACCCCAUUUGGCCCAGAAGGGGUCUGAGUGUGUGUGUGGGGAGGGCGGUGCUUAGCUCCUGCAACCAUAAGCCCAACACCUCCUACAGGGCAGGGGAAAUGGAAAUGCCUAAAGAACGCUACAAGGAUGUUCUGUUGGGACUAAGGGCCAACCAAGCUUUUCCCCAGUUUUCCGUUGCUGUGUUCACUUCAGGUAGAUAAAAAACUACAUUAAAA